CGCCACCGAGCGGAGUUUUUCCUCGAGUCCACCAGCACGUGCUACACAGAACGUCCGAUCCGUGGUCAGGCUCUGCCACGCGCGUGUGCGCAGCUCCGUGUGAGCGCGCAGACUGUGUUCGUGCCCUGCUGACAGUCUUAUGCAAGCCGCCCUACAGUCAGCCACGAUGUCCGAGGUUGCUGCUCCAGCAGACAAUAACGGGGAAGCUGGAUUAAACGGGUCAUGGGUGGAGCUGGAGAUGAACAGACACUCUGCAUCCCUCACGUCCUCCACCGCCUCAGUCCCGCCCCCUCUAGCACAGGUAGUAGAAGAAGAGGAUGAUGGGAUGGUGGGAGGGUUAGAACACGUUCCUUCAUCAUCCUCCAUCCACAAUGGAGACAUGGAGAAGAUCCUCCUCGACGCCCAGCACGAGUCCAGCCGCAGUAACUCCUCUUGUGACAGCCCUCCUCGACCCCACAGUCCACAGGACGACGGGCAGAUCAUUUUUGACGUGGAUAUGAGGAGAGAUAGUCAGGAGGAAGUGAUGGAGAGAAUCAGAGAUGAUGACAUCUUAAUGAAGGAUUCAGAUUGGGUGGCAGAUUGGUCGAGUAGACCAGAGAAUAUACCACCAAAGGAGUUCCACUUCCGGCACCCGCGGCGUUCAGUGACUCUCAGCAUGAGGAAGACAGGGGCCAUGAAGAAAGGAGGCAUCUUCUCUGCAGAGUUCCUCAAAGUGUUUAUCCCCUCGCUGCUUCUGUCCCACAUCCUGGUCCUGGGUCUCGGGGUAUACAUUGGAAGAAGACUGACCACUCCUUCUGCAAGCUCCAUUUGAACACGCAUCUGAUCAAGUGCCUCAGGCAUGGCUUGGAUGGAUUAGAAAAAAGGUUGCAGUUUGUCUAAAGAAAGCCCUCCCUUCACAUCCUUUGACAUUUCUACUUUUUCACUUCUGCCCUCUUUUCUAUUUCCUGUUUUCGGCAUUUCCUUUCAUUUGGCCUUUCCACACUGAGAAGUGCAUUGGAGAUUAUGAACUUCUCUGUUUUGGGCCCUUUUAACUUUCAAGUUAUCAGUUGUUGUGUCCGCUUUUUAGGUAAUUUUAUCCCUUAAAAGCUCUUUAUUGUAGUUACAGUUGCAUUUAAGUUUUGAAGCAUGUGGAGGUGAUUGGUUUAACCAAACUUACACACUAGUUCAGCGCUAGCUUAAACCGGCUUGGACAAAGCAAUUUAUGUCUCUUUGGCUAGCUGAUUACAUGACAAAAAUUAGAGUGAAUAACAAACAAUCCUCUUAGUUCUUAUCCUAAAAAGGGAUCAGCCAAAGUAUACAGAUACAUGAAACAAACUUUAUUUAUUAAUACAAAGGCUUUCCUUUCAGUUUUUAUAAAUGAGAGAAAUGCUAGAAUGAUGGAUUUGUAUGUGGUUUGGAAAGAUAGGGCUCUCCGUACACCCCAUUUUCAUCCAGUGAUCACAUGCUGGAAGAUUUAUACUAAAUUGAUCAUAUUUUACAUACAAACAGUAGGAUAAAUUACUGUUUCAUAAUCCAUAAUGGUCACAUUAUUCAUUUGGAUGGAUAGGGCUGGCGGAUCCCUGUAUGUAAAGAGAUUACUAUUAAUAUUAUUUUCUCAGUGUUUGUUGUGCUUUUUCGCCUCUAGGUUCAUUGACGUACAUAUCAUGACCUAGUGAUUUUAUAACUAGGCUUUUAUGACAGUUAAAACCAGCCUACAUCCACAACAUUUACAUACACUCUUGAAGCAUUAAACUAUACUUGAUUUCCAAAUGUUUGGAAAACUCGUGGAGUUGGAGUACGGCAAUGAUUGAGAAAAGCAACACUUUUGCCGUGUUAACGCUGUGUCAAAGGUUUUGGAAUUUUCGGUGUGGUGUCUUUCACAGUUUUCAUUAACAUUUUCAUGUUUUUUGUUUGAGGAGAUUGUCCUGAAAUGCGGUAUUUGCUUAAAGUCACAAUAAAAUUUAAAUUAAAACGUCAUAUUUUGAGGAUUAUUGUGGGGUUUUUUUUACGAAUGACUUCAUUGUUUUAAAAAAAGUAACGUGCCCUCUUAAUCAACAACGCAAAAACAACCUGACUCAACUUUCAACAAACCAAUCCAUUCUCAAAUGACGAAUUGAAGUCCAGCCUUACCUUUAUUCUCAUUUCGGAAGCCGUUUCACUUGGACAUACACACAGCGAAAAUAAGAUUUUCGCUAAAUCUGUUUUAUUGUGACUUUAACACUGCAUCACCUAACAGGACAAACCAAUGCAAUUUAAAGGAACAGUUCAUCCAAAAAUGAAAAUACUAAUUUAUGUACACAUAUAUAUUACACAAAGUGUUUAAUAAAAAUCUAAAUCAAAACAUAAGUUGUUUUGAAAACUGCUUGUAAUAGUGCAUGCAGAUGAGCUUUGUCAAGCUCCAAAAAUAUGCCUUAAAAAACUAAAGAUGUCAAAUAACUUAUGCAAUAUAUACUAAACCUAUUCAAUUCUAUAUUCUAAAUCUGUUCAAUUGAUUUAUGUGAUGAAUGUACAGCAAUUUUAAUGAUAAUUUAUUAAAAAUGUGCCAAUUUUUUCUCUUCACACAAAGCUUUUAAAUGAUGGUGAAAAUAGUACAGAUUUAGAAUGUAAGUGUAAAUACAUUUUUGGAUGAACUGUCCCUUAAACUUUAUAUAGUGAUGUCUUUGUGAAUAACACCAAUCCCAGGUGUGAACAUCUGACUGCUCGUUGGAAAAGGGUUUGUGUUUUCCUAGAACCCUGAAGUGAAUUACCGAAGUCUAGUUUUGUUUUUUGUCAAACUGAGACAUUUUUAUGUGUGUUUUGGAUAUGUGCAUGCAUUUUGCAUGGUCUUCAUUGUUUGGCAGUAUCCUGUGAAGCACCUGAUUCUGCCAAAAGCAACUAAGAGCAUAAAAAUGACAAAUGUUGUGCCUCGUCUCCUUAAUCGAGUUGCAGUGUGAUGUCAUCAUGUGCAAGUCUUGUGCCACGAGAUUUUUCUUUUGGUUGGUUUGUUUUGUUGAUCACAUUUGGAAGGUUUCUCACAUGCUUUGUUUGUUACAGUUGAGUGUGUUUUUUUUUUACAGCUAAGGCAACUAGUGCACACAGAGAGAGAAGAAGGUACAGGAUAGCUGUUUAUAAAAUAAUGUUAAAUGGGAUUUUAGUUAUUUUUGAUACUGGAAUUCUGAGUGUUUGUUAAAAACUGGAUAAAAAGACUCUGAUGAUGGAAAGUAACUUAAGUUUUAUUAAUUUGACAAACAUUUUGCCCCGAUUUAAAAUUAAAUGUUAAAAGAAUGACCUGCAAUUCAGAGAAAUAUGUUUUUUUUUCAUUUGUCUGUUGUUUUUUGAUGUCAUCAUGUUGCAUUAUAUACUGCUUUUAGUGCAUUUAUUUUCAUUUUCAAAAUUAUGCAUUAAAGUCAUGCAGAUUUUGUGAUUUUA